AUGACAACAACUUACUCAGUACAUCCUCCGGGAGCAACCGCAUCAAGGGGACUUCUGUCUCAUCAUCACCACUCCCACUCACCGCACCACCAACAACGACGUCACCAGACGCCAUCCCUCGAUUCUUUCCGCACUGCUACCACGAUUAUAUCACCCUCAUCUUUGCAACGUAUUGUUAACGGUAUUGACGGUACUGCUACAACCGCAACUCCACCUGCUGCUAUCGGCAUUAUCCCACCACCAGCACCUCCGUUCGACACUUUUGCUGCUCCGAAUCCUGCUAUCGCUGCUCUGAACGGUACAAUUUGUAGGCCAUCAUCAUCAGACUGCGGUGGUUCAUCAUCUGGUCUUGGUGGUAUGACCAAAACCGAUAUCAUAUCAUCGGACGAAUCAUCACUGGCCAGUGACGCACCGGUGGGAGUAAGGAACGCUUGGGUGAUACCUCAUCCGGUGCUUCUGAAUAACACCGUAUCAUCAAUGUUCAUGUCCUGCAAUACUGUUCCGACGUCUUCCACCUCGCCAACUCCUAUGUUUUUUGAUCACGUACGAGGCAACAUCAAUGUGACACAACGUGCGCCAACCUCCAUUGGUAGUAAUGACCUUUUUGUACAUGUGCAAACCGGCGAGACCCUCUCGAUCGUUAUAGGGAACGACGUUCAACAUAUCUCAGGCCCAGCAACGGUGCGUAUGGUAAAUCAGGCAGGUAUGUCACCAUCUGCUCUUCCACUGCAUGUUCCACCCGGACAUAUGGUUCAGCAAAUGGUUGAUGAACAGGGCGUCUUGCGUCAUUUGAUUUUAUCACCAGAAGCUACUCCUGGAUCGCGCUUGAUACCGACCGUUCCGCCACCAGCGACGAUCACCGCAAAUACACCACUUCAUAAUUCGAAUGCACCACUGAAACCGUUUGCGCAUAAUUCACCGUCACCACCUAUCGUGCCUCCAUAUCCACCUCCAACUGUGCCCUACCCUCUUCAUAACAAUACUGAUUUUAGUGAAGAUAAUCUUCGAAAGACCUGGAUACCACAUGGAAAGAAGUUCGACGGACCACAUGUAGUACAAGUACCAACCAAUAAUGCUGACGAUCAUGAACAAAGUCAGUCAGGAGCUUCAGCAAAUGAAGAGGAAGAAUGGGAGCGGCUCACCGAAAUGCUCUCACGAAUGCAGUCACCUCAGAUUCUUCGAGUAGCAGCAAAGGAAGCUGAUAUUGCAUGGCAAGAAUUAGAUACAUCCGAAGCAUCUGCUCCUGGUGGACCAUUUCCACAAAUUGACGCAUCCGAAUUUACUUACGAUAUUGUCCUUUUCGAAAGUGUUGGACGGAUUGUUAGCAGUUAUAGAUGUGAGCCUGAUUCGGGUAACCGAGUACGCUUAUGUCGCCUUCGACCAAAUACCGAAUAUUAUGUGCAGCUGAGGGCUUCGCUGGAGGAACGUGGUUUGCAGGGUAAUCCAUCAACUGCUGUAAAAUUCCGAACACUUACAACGGUACCAGAAUCUCCGCAUCCUCCUCGUCUGGUUUCACGCACGCAUAAUUCAGUUAUUGUUUCGUGGCGUUCUGCUAUUGAUAACGGUUCACCGAUUACAUGCUAUCGUUUGGAAUUGGCAUCUAGUGGACAACGAGAGGAGGAGAAUUACGAAACAGUGUAUGAAGGCUUAGCAGAACAGUUCAAAAUUAAAGGUUUGGCACCGUCAACACGAUAUCGAGUCCGUCUGACCGCUACGAAUAGUGAUGGAGAUUCUCAACCAUCAGCUGCAAUUAUCGUUUGUACAUCAGCACUUUCCCAUCCACCGAAGCAACCACAUUGUCCUCAGCUUGUUUCUUUAUCAGCUAAAUGUAUUAAACUUUCUUGGAAUACUCAACCUCAACAUUAUUACACGUUGGAAAUGUGUGAUACUCGAACAAAUGAGUAUUCGGUUGUUUGCGAACGUUCUCAGCUAUCUUCAUUUAGUGUCAGUGACAUUAUAAAUAACCAUCAGUACCAAUUCCGUUUGAUCGCUCAUAAUGAUGCCGGUGACAGCGAGCCAUCUGAAGCACUUACUGUUCGUACUCCAUCUUCACCGUCCGGUUCGCCUCCCCCGACGCCUUCACGACCACACGUCAUUUCAAACAAUGAAGCAUGUCUUGAAAUUGGUUGGAAAACAGGACGUUUAAAUGAGAAAGAUCUUGCCUUUGUGUUGGAAGGUAGCUCAGAUGAGAAAUCUUGGACUAUGAUAUACAAAGGUACUGCAAUAAGUACACAAAUUCAUAAUCCUGAAAUGCGAGCCUUCCGAGUGGCUUCAUUGAAAAAACAAUUGCAGAGUGGAUGGAGUGACACGUUGCGUGUUCGACGUGAGGAAAAACAACGUCUCGUUACGGUUCCGGGACAAUGUGCAGCACCUACAAUCACUGAAAUCUCAAAAGGUUGCCUGCGUGUGCAGUGGAAUCCACCGGACAGUGUGAUGUCCUCGAUAAUUUAUCAACUCCAUCGUGUCAAUUUGCAACCUUCCAGUAUUAUUUAUCAAGGUGAAGCGACAAUGUUUGACCUCUCAAAUUGUGCUCCGGGUGAAGAGAUGGAAGUGCAGGUGCGUGCUGUUUCUAUUUCUUUCGAUGGGAAACGUUUGGAAGGCGAGUGGAGUCGAGUAGCUGUUGGAAGAACCGCCGCACAGCCGCCAUCACCGCCAAUUGAUAUUCAUGUUGAUGCCGAUAAUGUGCUUCAUUGGUCACCGCCAAAUAGUACCAAUGGAGCACCAAUUCUGGAAUAUAUUGUCGAAAGAAUUCUUGUCCUCUCUUCAUCCACAUCAAAAUCUAAGGGUGACAAUGAUCAAACGACUAGUGCAAAUUGUGGUUGGACAGUGAAACGUGAAAGCGCCGAGGUGCUGAGUAUUAGUGUAGCUGAUGGACAACCUGGCUGUAAGUAUCAACUUAGUGUGUCAGCAGUGAAUAGUGGCGGUACAAGUGUUCCCAGUGAGUGCAUCUAUGUUUCUAUUCCUCCCCGCUCACCAGCUGCACCAUUGAAUUUUCAUGCACUUCCACAAGGUUGUAGGCAACUGCAAGCAUCAUGGCGUGCACCUUGCUGUAAUGGAAGUGAAAUUUUCGAAUAUAAUAUUUGUGUGCUUGAUGAUUCCUCUGGUAAUGAGGUUCGAAUGAUACAGCAAGAAGCAUCUGUAUGCGAAUGUGUCAUCGAUUCACUCGAAGCUGGUCACACAUAUAGGUUGUCAGUCUAUGGCGUAAAUGCCAUUGGAAUAGGUGAUCCAUCGUGGACAACAGCUACAACACUUGCACCUCCCCCACAGCCUCCUAGUCUGCUCUGUUCUGAAGCAGGUCCGAAUUAUUUGAAGCUGAAAUGGAAACCAAAUGGAAAUUCAUCGGCACUAACCACGACGCAGUAUUAUUAUUAUUUGGAGAAAGAGAAUGAUAACGGAAAAUUUUCACCGAUUUAUGAAGGCGAUAAUCGUUAUGCAAAAGUGCGUAACUUAAAUGAAAGCACAAAAUACCGUUUCCGUAUUCGUUGCUCGUCACGAGUGUCGGGUGCUGGUCCUUGGUCUUCACCAUUCGAAUUUUCAACCGAGCAAUUGCCACCUCCGACAAUACGAUCUGCGCCGACGGUAACGGAAGUUGCAUCAGGCUCUUUCCAGGUAGAAUGGUCACCGGUUCGUAUAUCAUCAGCGAAUAGUAAAGAAUCUUUGCUGUAUCGCCUUCAGGUUGCAUCUCGAAGUUCUGUUGAACGGUCGAACAAUAUCUGGAAAACAGCAUACGAAGGUAUGUCUACGUCAUACUCACUUUCGACAUCUGAAAGUGUUCAGCUUCGUGUUCAAUGUGUACGGAUCAGAGAUGGAAUUGAAAGCGUUUCAGCACCGUCAGCUAUACAAUUUGCAACUCCAUCACUUGCUGUAAUACCUCGUAAAAAGACCCUUGAAGUGACUGAGCAAGAGAUGCUUGCCAUUCGAGCGCAAGAUAUUAGCAACGUGCAAUGGAUCCAGUAUCACAUUUUAUCCGAUAAACAUUACGCAUUUGUCAUCCUGUUGCUUUUUGCCGGUAUCGCAUUUGGAGUAGCACUGAUACUGGAUGCAUUGUUAUUUGAACAAUCGUAA